UGAACCCUCGUUUAUAAAUUAUUCAAUAUGAAUAUUGCAAGAAGACAAAUCAAAAGAAGAAUGAGAGCCAAUUACUCAACUUACACUCCAAAGGGACAUGAGGCUUCAAAUUCUACAAGAAGUUCAGCCGAUCUAAAUCCAUGACCACGGCCUAACAAAAAGACAAAUCGUUGUAUUGUGAGGUCACCAAAACAGCAAAAUUUGAGAUAUGCUAAGCAGGGAAGAGACCCUGGCUUUGAAUUAAAAUUGAAGAUUCAAAAGCUUAAGACUCAGAGAAAUAACUUGAAGAAAGAUAACAAUAACUUAAAGAAAGAAAUAGAUGAUUUUAAGAGAGAAAAUCAGCACCAUGUAACACAACUAUAUAAACAAGAAAAUGAAGUUACUCAAGAAUAUGAGCAAAAACUUCUUUCAUUUUUCAAUCAAUCAGAGGCUCUUGUUACAGAUCCAAUCACGAAGAAAGUUAUGAACGAUCCUGUUCUGCUGCCUACUGGUGGAUCUAUAUCUUCAAGGACAUUUGAUGGUUUAAAAAGUAGGACAAUUUAUUCUCCAGAACAUAAGUACAAAAACCUUGACCAAAAGUUACCAAACAUUCAUCUGAGAAGCAUUAUGAAUCAUAUAGAAAUUACAAAGGACCAAUUUGCUAAUGCGAGUGCAUGCAAGAAGGAUUCUGACUACCCCCAGAGGCAGGAGUUGACUCCGAAUAACAUAGAUUUUCAUGGGUUUUGGAAGACACAAAAUUCUGCUCUAGAAAAAAAGAUCAAGAACACCAUAAACCGUAACAAUGAGCUGAAGAUACAGCUAGAGCAGUACAGGAACAGAUGUCUUGGCUUGGAGGAAAAUUACGAAGAACUCACAAAAAAUUUGAGUAUAAAGCAAAAACUUUUAAGCAAAAGUAUCCAAAAUUUUGCAAGACUUGAGAAGAGCCCACCACGUAAAGUUCCUCUAAGACCAAUCGCACGUAUCAGCAAAAUCAUAAAAGGCCAUGAUCCUCAUCCUACUCUUAGAGAUGCCUCCAAAGGGUCAACCAGAAGCAUCCAAACUCUCUUGAAAAAGAGAAAGAAACAUUCGAAUAAGUUCGUAGUUAACUUAGAGGAAAUCUGAAUAAAGAAUGAUUCAUAACCAUACUUAUUGAAAAUGUUCAAU